AGCGGGAAGACGCAGAAGAAAGAAAUAGCAUACACGCAUAUAAUCAAGCGACUAAAAUGUAAAUAAAUCGCAAACAAUGAAUGAUAGGGCUAUACAGUCACGUGGAACAUUCCCACUCCUGAACACCAAUACCUUUUUCACCUGCAUACAACCGUCGAUGCAGAUCUUCGUCAAAACCCUCACUGGGAAGACGAUCACCCUCGAGGUCGAGUCCUCGGACACUAUCGACAAUGUAAAGGCGAAGAUCCAGGACAAGGAGGGCAUUCCACCUGAUCAACAGCGCCUGAUCUUUGCUGGCAAACAACUGGAGGAUGGCCGCACUCUCAGCGACUACAACAUCCAAAAAGAGAGCACUCUCCACCUCGUGCUGCGUCUGAGAGGCGGUAUCAUCGAGCCUUCGCUCAAAGUUCUGGCCGGGAAGUACAACUGCGACAAACAAAUUUGCCGCAAAUGCUACGCCCGUCUUCCACCCCGUGCGACUAACUGCCGCAAGCGGGGAUGUGGCCACAGCAGCCAGCUCCGCCCGAAGAAGAAACUGAAGUAGGCGUCCUGUCUUCUUCGUGGUUCACCAGAACGCAUGUCCUCCGACAGACCUAUGCUUACAAUCCAUUUUCACGUAUGCGUACUUGUACCACCUGACGAAUUAUUGACAUGCUGCCAUAACUUUCUGAGCUUCCUGAGUGGAAGUGCC